CCACAAUUGGCUGUUCACUAAGUGAGGUCCUAAAUAUCACCAAAACUGUGAAUGUUUAGAACAUCAGCCAAGAGCCAGAUUAUGUCUUACUGGGGCUACCCCAAUGAACAAUAUGACAUCGUGACUAAAGAUGGUUAUAUUCUGGGCCUUUACAGGAUUCCUCAUGGGAAAGAAUGUUUAGGAACAGCUCCCUAUCGUCCUGUUGUAUAUUUGCAACACGGUUUGUCUGCAUCCGCUUUUAACUGGAUUGCCAACCUGCCCCCAAACAGCUUGGCCUAUGUUCUGGCAGAUGCUGGUUGUGAUGUGUGGCUGGGGAACAGCCGGGGAACCAUCUGGUCUCAGAGACAUGUGUCCUUGUCUCCAGACUCAGAAGAGUUCUGGGCUUUCAGUUUUGAUGAAAUGGCUAACUACGACCUCCCUGCCACAAUUGAUUUUAUUGUGAAGAAAACCAGGCAGAAGCAACUGUAUUACCUGGGCCAUUCCCAGGGUACCACCAUUGCUUUCAUAUCAUUCUCUACAAAUCCGAAGCUGGCUCAGAGAAUCAAGAUGUUUUUUGGCUUGGCUCCUGUUGGGUCAGUAAAGCAUGUUAAAAGCCCUCCGAAAAAACUGUUUCCCUUCCUGGAGUCACUAAUGAAGGUUCUUUUUCACAACAAAGCUAUUUUUGCACAAAUCAAGUUCAAUCAGUUCUUCGCAACCAAGAUGUGCAACCUCUGGAUUUUUCACUGGCUAUGUAAAGGCAUAUUCUUUGCCGCGUAUGGAUCUGACUAUAGGAACAUAAAUGAGAGUCGCUUGGAUGUCUAUAUAUCCAAUUAUCCCGGAGCAACAUCGGUUCAGAAUGUGAUCCACUGGGCACAGCUCAUCACUUCUGGGCAGUUACAAGCAUUUGACUGGGAGGAUCCAGCUCUGAACAUGGUGCAUUAUAAUCAGAGUGCGAAUCUCUGAGAAGAGAGAUUGGUAUGGACUGGAAAAGACAGAGGAGACUUCACAGAGAAAUUGUGGGAUUAGACUAUAUAAUCUUUAAAGUUUCUUCCAUCAGUAAAGGCCCAGAUACAUUUUUC